UCAUGGUCAAGACUUGAAGAGCUCGACCCAUUGACGUUCACGGACUCCCAAUGCCCGUUCCCUCGACCGGACGAUUGCCGAAACCGCAUUGCAACGUGCUUAUGGCACAAUUGCGGGAUUACUUGCACACUGCAGUACCAGCUCCGUUGAUGGACGUCGGAGUAGAGGUUGCCGACCUUCACGCUUACAUUGCGAAGAUCGACCGCGAGUUCAAGACGCAACGGUACGACGACAUCGACGCACCAUUGCUAUACGUACGCAUUCAAAUCGAAGAGGCGACCUGCAGUGCCUUGAUCGAUUGCAGAGCAUCUCGCAACUACAUCAGCCAGGACUUCAUGCUACACACCGACCUUGGCCCAGGUGUCCGGAGGAAGUCCCAGCCUACGCAAGUCACUUUGGCAGACGGUCAUACGCACAAGUCCAUCGACCGGUGCAUUGACGCCGUCCCAGUGUACUUUGCCCCUCACGCAAGUGAAGCGGUGUCCUUUGACAUUCUGGACACCAAAUUUGACAUGAUCUUGGGCAUGUCAUGGCUGCGAAGCGAGGAUCACCCGGUGAACUUCUUCCACCGCACAGUUCACAUUCRUGAUCGGAACGGAGUACUAGUUCCAUGCACGGUGCCUCUUCCUCAUCCUUCGAUCAGCUGCCACGUGGUAUCCGCCGCAAGCAUGCGAGCUUCCAUCAUCAGAGACGACAUCGAGGAGAUAGGGGUGUGUUUUCUCCACGCCCUCCCGCCCCAUGACGUUUCAUCGACAGACUCACCUUUGGAUCCACGCAUCACCGAGCUUCUCGACGCCUACAGCGACGUGUUCGAAGGMCCGCACGGAGUAGUACCGGAUCGACCCAUCCGCCACGAGAUCAUCCUCUCGGACGGGGCCGUACCUCCGCGCGGUCGCAUCUACCGAAUGAGCGAGGAAAAGUUAAGUGUGCUUCGGGCACAACUCGACGACCUUCUAGAGAAAGGUUGGAUUCGGCCUAGCUCAUCGCCAUAUGGUGCUCCUGUUCUCUUCGUCUGGAAGAAGAACAAGGACCUGCGGUUAUGCAUCGAUUAUCGCAAGCUCAACGCGCAGACGAUUAGGAACGCCGGCCCUCUCCCACGCAUCGAUGACCUUCUCGAGCGAUUGGGCGGCGCCCAGUUCUUCUCUAAGCUGGAUCUCAAGUCAGGGUACCACCAACUCGAGAUUCGCAAGGAGGACCGCUACAAGACCGCGUUCGGGACACGGAAGGCGACACAAAUUCCUUCUAAAUAUGACGGAAAGGACGACAUUGAGUCUUGGAUCAACUCUAUGCGAUCCUGCUUUGAUGUGUUGGGGACACCACCAGUCACUCAGCCGUCGGUCCUAGGAACCAAUGUGGAACCCGCCGUAAGAGGCUUCUUAGAAGCCCAAGCUGUACAGUUAGGCUAUAAGAGAAUAGAUCUGAACAAAUGGUUGAAGGCUACGCCAAUAGCCACAACCGAGGAUCUCUUGAUCAAGCAAUAUGCUGAUCCACAUGUUGCAGCUAAAGUUAGACUCGAGCUUGACAAGCUCAAGCACAGCAAGUGGACGGGCACCAUGCAUAGUCUGCAGCAGUACGUUAGUAAACUCUUUGCUACUCCUAAUCUGGAGAUGACUGCGCAGUCUUGCUUGGAUGUGAUUAAAGCUAUGGAAAGGCGACGCUGUGCCAUGAUUAAGCAUAACAAGAAGCCCCAGCCUGCACCUUUCACAGUGGGAAGCUACGUCUGGGUCAAAAUGUCAGAGUUUUCUGAAGGAGAAGGUGUAUCACGAAAGCUUCUUCCUCAAUAUUACGGUCCGUGGAAGGUGCUGAACCAGGCUGCAGACUGCCGUAGGAUUGCUGAAACAAUUGCUCAUGUCCUGUCCUUAGAAGACGAUGAAGAUCAGCAGGUCUCCAGGAGUGACCUUGUGCCCGCGGGUUUUUACCAGGAGGAGGAGAGAUGGAGGGGAAAGAUAAGGCGGCGGCGGCUGGAAGAGGUUUAUGCAAAGGUGGACACUUCUGCAGCUGAGUUUGAGGCCGCACUGAAAUCAGACUUUGAACCUGUAGUCGACUGUGCAAGGGCCAUGGCAAUUGCGGGUAAAACCCCUUGCAAGACUAAAGCAGAAAUUCUCUACAACCGAGAGAAUCGAUCAGUAUGGCUGAGAGCAAAGUUUGUCAAGUCUCUCGCAAAUGUUGGAGCUGAUUCUCCUGUCACCCAAUGCAUCACAAAUCUUCAAGAUGCAUAUGAUCGAAAUGGAAAGAAGAUGGUGGACUUCUACACAACAGUCAAUGUGGAAAAAGCCCUAGAAAGCUAUAGAAAUGCAGCCGAUGAUGCUCAGGAAGCUGUGCUCGCACAACUAAGGGACCUUGCAUCUUCCCUUUCGCAAAUAAUGAAUGCUGUUAUCAGCAUGGCCACGUUUUCAAUUAUUGCAAAUACAUUGUUUCUACAUGUCAGGGAGGCUGUUCGAAGGGGCUGGUGCUUUCCACACAUUGUGGGCGAUGAGCGUGAAAACGGCGGAGAUUUUGCACAGAGCAACAUGGAAGCUGGGGCGGACAGUGGGUUUCAUUAUCCGACUGAGCAAUCUGGUGCAUCCCACGUGCAGCAAACGUCAACAGUGUUUCCAUGUGCUGCCACCAUGCUAUUGGCUCAGGGAUCUGAUAAUGAGCGAGCAAAUCUUUGUGAUUCUCCACAGCCUUGUCAAGCUGAGGGCAGUAUACGCAAGGGCCAAAAUGCAUUUGAAACGCCCAUUUCUCCAUCUUCUCCUGCCGGCGAGGAGAGCAGCAAUCGUGGCAUUGAGCAUAUGCCUGAAGGCCCACGUAGAACGAUGUCCUUGAGGGGCUUGUUUCCAUUUUGGUUGGAGAAGGCAUCAAUCUCAACAGUGGCCAAUAGCUUCUCAAUGUCAUCUAUGUUCCUGCUCACAGGACCAAACACUGCUGGAAAGUCCACCAUCCUCCGCUCCACUUGUGUGGCUGCUCUGCUGGCGAACUGCGGGCUCUUAAUCCCUGCUGAAGUUGCAUCUAUCCCAAAAUUUGACUUGUUUAUGCUCCGCAUGUUCUCAGCGGACAGUCCAGCAGAGGGCCUGAGCUCUUUUCAGGUGAGAGCAGCGUGGAACGAUUCUGAAAUUGUGCUCUGCACAUGUUGUAUUGUGCUGAACUCCGUGAUUGUGCUCACUGUAGCUUAGUGUCCUGCAGCUCCUUUAUCUUGGAUCAACGAUGACAUCACCGCCAACAUCCAAUAGUCCAGCGGAGAGCCUGAGCUCUUUGCAGGUGAAACCAGCAGAGGGAGGAAGUUGGGCCAUGUGCUCUGCAGACUUGUGUUGAACCAAUUGACUGUCCCUCCUGUCUGUUGAAGAGUAGGAGGAAAGGAGGGUGGUGCCUCAUUUUGACGCUGUCGAUCCACUCGGAAAAAAAAAGGAGGAAAAAACUUUAAAAAAGAAGGAAAAACAGGAAGGGUUGCAUCACUUGUUCUUUGUAAAGGACUGCGGAUACCUGUCACACACCCCAGUUUUUUCACCAAGUGAUUGGGUGAACAUAGUGACUGUGCGUUGUCUUCUGUGAUAAAUGAAAAAUAACUGU